UUAUGUGUGUGGAACCUUUCCUAGCAGACCAGAAAGAAGACCAAACUCAACUAAAUAUAAAUCUGCAGAAAAAAACUCUGAUAGCAGCCACCUGUAAUCUAUUCAUCAUCUCCACCCAACCUCAGACAAACCAUCAGCAGCUGAUCCAUCACCUGCAGUGACAGACAUGCAACUUUACCCACCUGUAGCCUGCUCCACACUUAGAUACCGGAUUAAUAAACCUUUGGAGCUGCCAGUCUUUUGUUCGGCAGGCUUAAAAUCUGCAGAUCCAGGACCUCAAAGCAUCCACACAGCCACAGAAACACGCAUAACUUCAAGCAGAAGAUUGUCUGAGCUACCCUGUUGUUUGGAAUGCAGUGAGAUCUUUCAAAACCCCAUUUUACUCAGAAGAUCCUUCCUGACAGAUGAAAAAUCCAUUGGGCAUGCUUACAGAUGUCAAUGUCCACCUUGCUCAGCACUGCUGAUGACAUCUGCCUGGAGUGUACUCCACACAGAUGACUGGAAAACUAAACUGGGUUGUCAUGGAAACUAGCUGCCCAUCAGACCUUCAUGCCAAAAGAAGACAGUGGCGGACUCAGGUUGUUUGAAGAGAAGUGGCAGAAAAAUAAAAUGGGCUCCUAAUGCAUGAAGUGUGCACCCCCACACUAGUAGAAUGAUACACUAUGUAAGAUUAUUCAACUAGAACUAGUGUUUUUUUCAGUUAGAUAUCACAUUUUCUUACACAUAGGACCACCUAGAGGGUGUCCAUCUGCUUUUCUCGCACGUACAGGAAGCUGCAUCUCUUAACGGGGCACCAUAUCUCAUUUCCUUCACUGGAAGAGCAGCCAUCAGAUACAAAUUUUUCUCUCCAUUACAAGGGCACUUCAUCAUGGUUUCUCACUUGGAAGGGCACCUCAGAGGGCAACAUAUUCUCUCCAACAGAAGGGUACUUAAUAACGGCACUCUUUUCCAUUGGAAGGGUACCCAUAGGGGCCAUUUAAACCAAUGUAAGGGUAUAGGGCACUGCAUCACAUUCUCUCCAGUAGAAGGGCACUUCGUAAUGGCACCCUUUUCUAUUGGAAAGGUAACCAUAGGGAUCAUUUAGACCAAGGGUGGCCAAUCUUAUUCAAAUAGGGCCGUUGUGUAUGCAGGUUUUUGCUGCGACUCCCUAAUUAGAUUACUAAUUAGAGGACUGAUUGGCUGAAGAGUCCUCACACCUGUGUUUGAACAGCUGACCUAAAGGUUGUCUCAAAAACCUGCAUACACACUGGCCCUGUGCGGAUAAGACUGACCACCCACGGUUCAGACCACUAUAAGGGCACAAUAUAGGGCCCUGCAUCUCAUGUCCUCCAUUACACAGUCAGUCAUUAAGACACAUUUUCUUGCUCUAUAGGGCACAUCACCUCAUAUGACGGGGGCAUCCUUGACGGCACUAAGGGCGUUUAAAUCAUGUGAAGGGGACUCAAUAGCGGCAUUUUCGCCACUCUAAAGGGUAUUUUAGUAGCGUUUUUUUUCCCAGCCAUGGAGGGACCAAAGGGGGCGGUUGCCCGCCCCGCCCCCCCUCAUGAGUCCACCAGUGGACACUUAUUCACCAGGAAAAAUCAGAUCAGUAACAACUGAAUGUUUAAUAGCUCAAGCUGCCUCUAGGGGGUACCAUUCUGUAUCACAGUCCUGUCUCCAACACUUUGUUGAUAUGAUCUCCCAACAACUUGAACUCCCAAGAACUUCUCUACCACUUCUGACUAAACCUAACAAUCCACAUUUGACUUUUUCAGCCACAAAAUGAAGACUUUGCACUUGCUAUGCAUGAAUUUCAACACCAGCACUAACCAUCCACUGUGCACACUACCUAUGCAGCUAUGUGAAGAGUUUAUGCAGUUUGCAUUCUGGUUGUGUAUGUCACUCCAAAUAAAAGUGUGCGCUGAUGCAUGUUUCGAGUUACUAAUACAUUUGUUUCUUGCACCUAACAUUUCAUCUUCAUUGUUUCUUAACUUUAUAGCCUGAGGCCUGUUAGUUUUUUAAAAGCCAGGUAGAUAUUAAAGUGCUGGCUUCAAAGGAUGGAGGCAACAGUCAAAUACAUGGCAAAUAAACUCAGAGCAAAACAAAUGUAUCCUGCCUAUCUAUCCCAGACUGGGAGCCCCCUUCCAGAAGCCUCACUGGCUGAGAUUAUGCACGUUUAGCACCACCAAUACAAUAUUUUAGAUUAUAACCAGUGAAAUUGUUUUAAUAAUUACAAUAAGGUCUGAAAAAAACUGCUUGGUUGAUGUGCCCAUGAGUACGACAAAACUUAAACAAACAUAAUUCAUUCUUUAAGGAAAAUAGCAACAAAGUACUUUUUAGAAUUCCCAGCAAUGCUGAUUCAGCCCCAAUGAAUGCCAAGAGAAUGACCUAACUGUGGCAGUGAACUAUUACAUAGUGCUUCAAAAGUGCCUAUAAUUACUAAAUAAAGACAUUUAUACAGUGCGGUGACUGUAUGACUAAACGUGAAUGCAACAAAGCAAAAGACUAACUGCUACAGUGUAAAUAAAAUAUAGCUCUCCAAUCCUGUAUUUUAAAAUCAAAUGUAAAUUAAUGACAUUCAUUACUCAUAUUUAACAUCAAGGGUAUUUGCCUUUUCUAGGUGUUUUCUGAGAAAACUCACACUUAAUGAUAAAAGUAACAAAAAUAACAAAACAGAAAGUAAUUAAACCAGACAAGCAUAGUUUAUAAGUGAAUGUAAGCUGGAAAUAAAAUGAAUUAUAAUAUGGAGUGCUUAUUCUUAGAAAUAUAAUUUAACAAAAAAAGGGAAAAAAAGACCUUUUUUGCUACACAUACAGUCCCAUACGUGUAUUUUCAUAGUCUCAAUCAAUCAUGUUAUUCUAAGUUCUCACUAGUAAAACAACUAAACUGAAAACUCAGGCCACUGUAUUGAGUGCAGUGAAAUAAACCACGAUGAAGAACUUGCCUUUUGUUCUUCCACUCUCAAUUGCCUUAGCAGACAUUACAGCCAUCUAUCAUUCUGCUGUCCUGUGUGCGAUUGCAGAGUGCAGUAUGUGGUAGAAGAACAAAAACAGCAGGUCAUUCCCUGUAGAGCAAGGAGAGUGGUUGCGGGGGCCAGUGGACGCCACUGUCUGCUUCCUACAAAUGCAGCGUCAUGAACAGCCCCAUGUAAGCACCUACCACAGUCAUCAAUAGGGUGUAACAUGUAAAUGUAAACUUCCUGGAAUUAUUCCUUGGAACUUCUACUCUCUGGUCAGGAGAUUGAGAAUAGAUAUUUUAAUAUGAUGUUUCAGGUGUGUUUAGGAGCUUAUUGUCAAGUACCAAGGCCUGUUUUUGAGGAAGUCACUGUUAAGGAGACAAAUCACAGUGACGGUUUGUUAUGGGUUUCACUCAGCACCAGGCUGGCUUGUCAGGACAGGAGUGCCCAGGGAUUAUUCCGAACGUUACAUCUGUGUGCAAGCAGCUGAACAGUUUAACGGCACUGGACCAAAGCAGAUCAAAUUGUUCCUUUAAGCCCCAUUCUGUCAGGACGCUGAUUAGAGAGAAUCUGCCUGGCAGGCUGGUUUUGCUAGCGAACAGUAGGUACAGAGAAAUUCGAGAGUCUUGAGAUAAAACCUGUGAGCUGAAUGCAUACUGAUGGAUACAUGAGCUUUUUGUUUAUAUGUGGUACAACAUGGAUUCCAGAUAUACAGGCCAUGUAGCACAUCCACACUGACUAGUUACGUCUUUGUACAUAUAACAACAAUAACAAUAAUAAUUUAAAAAACUAUUAGUAUUUCGUACAUGGACACAAAUGAGAUGCAACACUCUUGUAAGUGGAUCGGUUUUCUAAAGGUACUUGUUUGGGCAGUGUGAACAAUGUCCUUAUGUAUGACUCAUAUGGUGGUACUACAGUAGAUUGGCACAAAGCAGACAAUACAGAACAUCUAGGCCCUUACUGUAUGUAGCUCUGGGUUCCGUGGGUGCCCUCAUUCCUACACUGGUAAACAGGAAUGCACUGCACACAAUGCUGUUCUGUUGUGUGUUUGUAAAGGGCCAACAGUGUUUCUGUUCAUGACACCCUCCUGCCUUUGUGGACCAGUCACCCUGAUUGCACCUUGGCAGGAAAAUCCCAGGCUAUAUAUUUUUCCUGAUUGACCUGUAAGAUUCUUGCAGCUGUAAUUUCAGUAACGCAGAGAGAAAGGCGAGAUUGUCAGCGUGCUCUGAGGAUAAGUUCAUUUUGACACGUGUCUCUGUUUGGUGAUGUUACUGACCUCAGACGCAAACCAGAGACGAUGUAAAUGCAGGGUUCUGUCAUAUAUCACUAUGCAAUAGUAGCAACAUAGAAGCAUAACCCAUUUUACAGGAGAUAAAUUUAAAUAUAAGAUAACAUUUUUGAAUGCAGCUUUUCUCUGUUGGGUUACGAAUGUAGAAAUAAAAGUUUCUGUGAGGAUUUCCUGGGGUUUGUGCUAUGAAGACAUGUUCAUCUACUCCUGAAGUCUUACUGAUUCUGCAUUCCUGUCAUGCCAACUUUUUCUUAACAAUCCCUGAUUACCUCAUACUAGCUUCCUAAUGGUGGGAGUUUCUGGCAUUCCGGCCUGUAUCUUUAAACCGGGAGAAAAAAAGAAAAUUGUCUGCAGACACUUAUAAAGCUGAGCAUUAAGAAAGUAAUAUACCCAAGCUUUAAUUAGUCAAAAGAAUGAUGUUCCCAAAGAGCGACCUUGACUAACCUUGACCUGACUUUUAGUUAUGGGUUUAUAGUCAAGUUAUUAACCUUUAUAAAAUCAACCAUCUCAUCCAAAAGUAAAAAAUGAAAGGGUAGAAAGUGUGGCUAAUUUUAAAAAAGUAAUUUUUGUGAGGAUGAAAUUUUCCAGUAUUUCUACCUACUUUUCCGAUGGUCAAUGAUCAUGCAUUCUUCAUAAAGCACCAACUCCUAUUCUGGAUUUUAGCGUUAAUAUUAAGAUAGAUUAACAGGGGUUUGACGUUUAAUAAUGACAUCUGGUUUUGUUACAUUAUGAUCAUCAUCUUGUUAUUGUUGUUGUUCUUUUGUGGACAAACGUAAAUCACUGGGUUUGAGUUGGAUUCAGCAAGAGCUAGCAAGAAUUGUAUACGAAUGUGAUUUUAAGUGCACUGCAGCGUGUUUCGUACCAACUAUUCUUAUAAGGUGGCUGUGUAGCAUACAUAUCUCCAGGGGAUGGCUCGCGGCAGUAUGACAGGAAUGCCAAACGGAACGCCUCGGAAGAAGCAGCUCCCAACAUUCCGGGAAAAGAGAGAAAGGGAUAGAGCACGGCGUGCCUGUGUGCAUGCCUGUGUGCAUCCUGGCUCGCGCCCGGGGGCUGCCGAUGCUCACCUCGCGCUGCGUGUCCCCUGCCACCCGCAGGGCUCUCCGUGCUUUGGCUGCGGCUUCUCAAUCCGCACGGCAAACCCGCUGCAGCAAGAAACAAACCAAUGUCCAUGUGGACUGGUUGUUACUCUACACGAAAGUGUAGCCUUUAAAAAACUGUGAUUCGCUGCAGAUUUUGGGGGGUACCUUCUGGACAUUUUUUGGAUAGCCUACUCCUUUGCUCAAUUGCAAAGGGACUCUGAUUCUGUGCAGUCCUGAAUGCUGUGGAUUUAAGCCUUGUCCUCAUGCUACGGCAAACCUCCUGAGCCCUCCUGCACACCCACAGACGCCCCCCCCCCAGGCGACACCGCUCUACGGGGGAAGCGGAGGGCGUACCAUGAAACACAUGGCCAUUUCUAAAUGGCUGACCCAGCUGGACCUCCGGGAGUACCUCAGACUCUUUGAUGAGGAGUACGAUGGAGUGGAGGACCUGCUGGGCCUGACGGAGCUGGACCUGCAGCAGCUGGGCGUCCACAACCGUGUGCAUCGAGUGCACAUGCUGUCCAGCAUCCGUGUGCUGCAGGAGCGCGAGAGGGCCGUGGAGCUGAGGAUGAUGUCACAGGGGAGGUUUGCCAGUCUGCCCCGAAACGUCCACACGGACCGCCAGUGCUCUCUGGCCUCCUCCAUGGAUCUGCUCAGCAGUCGGCCACCUGUUCUCGACGUGGAACCCAGGUUCCGGGGCGUCUCCAUCCACGGAACCCUACCGCGUAAGAAGAAAGGCUCCUCACCGGCCUGGCCUUUGGACACACGUGGCCACACGGGCACCCUGCCAGCCCGCUCGCGCCUGCGGUCCCCUCAGCUCGUCCACAACGUCAUAGUGGAACACGGGCCCCCACCAGCUGACAUGGAGUACCCCCACAUCAACAGGGACUGGCAGAUCCUGGACCCCACCAUGGACUACGUCAAGUUCUCCAGGGACAAAUACAUCAUGGAGGGCCCCCCAGAGAAGCUGCGCAAGGAGCUGGAGGAGGAGCUGAAGCAGGCCAGUGAGGAGCCCCGCAGCCAUGCCUGGUACCACGGCGCCAUCCCCAGACAGGUUGCGGAGACCCUGCUGCAGAGGGACGGGGACUUCCUGAUCCGGGACUCCGUAUCCAGCCCAGGGAACUAUGUGCUGACCUGCCAAUGGAAAAACAGUCCACAGCACUUCAAGAUCAACAAAAAGAUGGUGGCAGCGAGCGAGGCCUACUCACGGGUGCAGUAUCUCUUUGAGAGCGAGGGCUUCGACAGUGUGCCCGCCCUGGUGCGCUACUACGUGGGCAACCGUAAGCCUGUGUCGGCGGUUGUCGGGGCGAUCAUUUUCCAGCCCAUAAACCGGGUCCUUCCACUGCGCUGCUUGGAGGAGAAGUACGGGGCAGCACCCAUCCGGCAGGAGCCUGCCGCAAUGGAACGGAAAUGCCUGCCCACCAAACGGCUCAGCCUGAACAUCACGAACGGGCACGGCCAAGACCACCCCCUGACCCGGGGGAACCUCCUGAGGAACAAGGACAAAUGCGGGAGUCAGCCGGCGUGUCUGAACCACGUACAGGAAAGACGUCGGCCCCUGAAGACUCACCAGUCCGAGAGCUUCCUGCCACUCGGUUGCAAGCCACAGUCCCAGACCCAAUCCCAUCUCAUGGAUUCCCAUUCGAGCCCCAAGUCUCCCGUGUUUAGGACGGGCAGUGAGCCUGUUCUCAGCCCCACUGUCCCCCGAAAGCCCUGUUUCGAGAUGCAUGCUGGACAAGCGAUCCGAGGCUCGGAUAGCCAGCUGUACCCCAAGCCGCCCCCAAAACCCAGCAAAGUGCCUUCCACCAAGAUUCCUCGCUCCCCACGGCUACAUCCCAUCGCACCUCCGGCUCCUCCAAAGAAACCCCAGAAGCCUCCGGCGCAGCUGAACCCCGAGCCAGGCGCCUGCGAGCCUGGAUCCAGCACAGUGGCAGAAUGGGACAGAACCACUGAGAUGCACCCCGGUGACGGUUACGUGAAGCGGCUGAGGGCAGACGAGGCGAACCAGAGAUGCCCCGUGACACCGGAAGCCAGCUUGUCCUGUGGCUCGGUCAACCGCAGCUCGUACCACAGAGCCAUCGAAGCCCUGGAAGACAGCAAUGAGGAAUGGAGCGCAGACAGGCAACACCUGGAUCUGCUGGAGACUAAGAAGGAGAAGGAGGAGCAGCUAAUGGAGCUGAAGGCAAAGGUCUUCAAGCGGCCUGUAUUUGAGACGACUUCUGCAUUCAGGCCUGCAGAGUUUGAGACCAGGCUCCUCCCCCCUGAGAACAAGCCCCUGGAGAUGUCUGUGCUGAAACAGGCCAAGCAGCUUCUUGUCUCUCAGGACCACAGGACCAUCGCCAAGACCCUGCUGUAUGCUGACAGCCAGGUGGCCAGAACUCUGAACGUCUCUGAAGAGAUGAGAUGUGCAAUGGGAGUGAACUCGGGGCUGGAGCUGGCAACCCUCCCGCACGGCAGACAGCUGCGGCAGGACCUGAUGGAGAGGCACAACACCAUGUGCAUCGGGGUGGCUGUGGACAUCCUCGGCUGCACGGGCACUUUGGAGGAGCGAGCCGUGACCCUCAACCGCAUCAUACUGGUGGCACUGGAACUUAAGGACUCCAUGGGGGACCUUUAUGCUUUCUCGGCGAUCAUGAAGGCGCUCGACAUGUCACAGAUCACACGGUUAGACCAAACGUGGACCACCUUAAGAAGGAAAUACACACAUACGGCCAUCCUGUAUGAAAAGACCCUCAAGCCCUUUUAUAAGGGACUGUACGAAGGCAGUGUUGAUGUGCCACUAAAGACCACCACUGUGCCGCUCCUGAUGCCCCUGCUGACCCUGAUGGAGCGCCCCGCAGUGGCCUUUGAGGGCUUUGAACACUGGGAGAACAAUGACCAGGGCUGCGAGAUUAUGCUUCGUCACCUGGAGGAGGCCAGGAAGAUGGCUCACAAUGCAGACGUGUACACCUCCAACACAGAUCGCAUCCUACAAGACUUCCAACCCAAUGAGGACUUGCUGGAGAUCUUCAAGACAGACUUUCAGCUACGGCUCCUUUGGGGAAGCCGCGGGGCAGCAGUAAAUCAGGCGGAGAGAUACGAGAAGUUCAAACUCAUCCUCACAGCUCUGUCCCGAAAACUGGAGCCCUGUGUCAAGCACACUGAACUAUGAAGCAGAAAGAACUGAACAGCAUGUAAAUACCCCCAUGAUGAGCAGGGGAACCACUUAGGCGUCAAUCCACUGCUCAGCCAGAAACUGCAGCUCAGUGGCUGAACCUUUCAACAGGCUGGACUUCCUGGUACUGUGGUCAUGAAAGAAUCUCUCUGCCCUAAAGUGCAAGGAAAUGGCUUGUGUACAUAGACUGUACUUAUAUUUAAUAGUUUUAUAUAUAUAUAUAUAUAUAUACACACACACAAAACUACACCAGCUCUCCUCAGACUGGUCCUUAGAAAUAGAUGUUCAACAUACAUCCACCUUUAUGUUCUUAUUUUGAUCUGAUAUACCUUUCCUCUACAAGUUAUCGAUCCAGUGCUUUGACAAAAAUACAGUACAGGCUGCAAAUGUGAUCCGUUCCCUAAGUCUGUCUUUAAGGCGAAUUUCUAGGCAAGUUGGAACAAUAAUACAGUAUAAUAAUAAUACAGUAAAAAUUAAACUACAUACGGUACAGUAAUGUACCUUGAGCCAUCAAACCACUGAAGCCAUGCAAUGUUUUCUUGAGCAUCACAAAGUAGUGCUCAUGUUUAUUAUUACAGAACAUUGUAUUUAACUCACAUUAAUAUACGAGGCUUUAUGGCAGUCUGUUCAUAAGUAUGAAUUGUCCGUAAGUCGGACAUUCUUAACCCGAGGACUUACUGUACACCUCCUGUUACAUUACAGGACUGUCAUUUCAGUAGCUGUGUGCAGCAAAGGAGCAUUGGCUUAAGUAGGCCAUUGCAAACUGGAAUACAGUUUUCGUGUAUCACUACACAGCAAUGAGAAAGGCCCAGUGCUCUUUUGAAAAGCCAUGGAUGGCUAAAGUGUAACAAUGUCUUAUCUCAGAUGGAAAAUUCAGGGAAAAUCUGGGAAAUCAGGAAAGAGGUAAGCUGAAUGUGUAAAACGCGAAAGGGAGGCGGACCUGGAUGGAAGGCUGUCCUGAUUUACAAGGGGUUUAAAAGUGCUGUAUGAAUAGCGGAUUUUCUGUUGGCACAGUAUGUCGUAGAGUCAGAAGUGGUUGUAAAUAACAGUCAUGGUCAGGUGUGAGCAUGUUAAGUUAAGACUGUAAUGUGUUCUCCUGUUGAAACUGCCAUGUACAUAAUCCAAAUGUCCUACUGUAGAGGGGUUGGUGGAACUUAGCAAAAAAUGCACUAACAGAGCCCCCCCUCACUGAUCCAAAUUACGACCCAGCACACACUGCUUUUAUCGUCUGUUAUAUAGGACCUAUUCUCUGCUUUUAUGUUCUGCGUUAGUGUUUCUCAACACAGUCCUCGGAGACCUACGUUUUUGCAUAUAUGUGGACUGUCUGCCAGGGAGCAAAAAUGUGAACCAUCUGAGGGCCCCCAUGGACUGGGUUGAGAAACACUGUCUUAUGGUUCUUUGGACUUUAACCAUUUUCACUUAGAAAACAGGUGGAGAAGUUUCAAGGUUACCACGGCGCAUUAGGCAGCAUACAUAAGGAAGAAAUCAAGACCAGAACAUACAGGUUCAAAAAUCACAGAGCCGUGAUUGCUCCUGCCAGUCAGUGUUAUUCUGUGACACCCUCCAGCUGUACUAAAAAAA